GCGCCAGCCGCCCACUGGGGCUGAGGCCGCCUGGUUGGUCCCCGACUUUUGCUGGUACCCGAGUUUCCAAGUGUCCCGGAAGAUGCUGCAGAGUUACUUGAGAGGCCCAGGAGACCCAUGAUGUAAUCUUCAGAAAAGAACAGAAGAAGCUGUGUGAGAGAAAACACAGAGAAAAAGAGGCGGUCCAGGACUUGUAUGUGGAAAUAGCUAGGGAGAUAGGCACCAUGACAGAGAAGCCUAUCCCAAAGAUUAUGAUAUAGAAGGUCCCGAGGAAAUAAAAAAACUGUGUAAUUCAACAUAUUGGCGACUUGGAACCAAUGAACCCCCAGUUUAUAGGUAUAUUGAUAGGAAUGAAAAUAGAUCAAUGGGUCAACUAUUUCUGAUGCUAUUCUCAUAUCCUAAUAAUUUGGAUAUCAGAAACACAUGAACAAAUGGCACAAGUUUAUUUAAACAGAGAAUUGGCUACAAUAAAGAGAAAGGCUUUACUGAAUGAAGAAACAAUGAGCUCUGGGAUUAUUGAAAGGGACACUGGAUUGCCUGCUACUGGCUUUGGAGCUCUCUUUACUAGACACCCACCAGAUCAUCGCAAAAUGUGUGCAUUGACAACAUAUGCUGAAGACUAUGCUCCACCAUAUGAUUAUCAGCCAUUUGAUUAUCCUUGUCAAGAUGAUUAUUCAAUAGUCCACAGAAAAUGCCGUUCUCAGUUCACAGAUCUAGAUGGUUCCAAAAGAUUUGGCAUCAACACUUGGCAUGAUGAAAGUGGGAUUUAUGCUAAUUCAUAUAUAAAACAAAAACUCUACCCAUUAACUGGUGGUCCUAUUGUCCCCUUUUUAAAAUAAUAUAUGGAAUCAGAUUCUCUAACUAAUGAAAGAAUAAUGGAUAUAACAGUUGAUUUGCUAUCCUAAUAAAUGCAAUGGAAAUGGUG